AUGUCCAAGAAGGGUGCCAGCAGCCGAGCCAGGGGGGAGAAGCCGGACGCCUUGGCUGCCUUGCAGGCUGCCAACGAAGAGCUCAGGGCCAAGCUCACCGACAUCCAGAUAGAGCUGCAGCAGGAAAAGAGUAAGGUCAGCAAGUUGGAAAGAGAGAAAAAUCAGGAAGUUAAGCAGAUCAAGGAGCACGAACAGCAUAAAAGUACAGUGGUGGUAACAGAGCUCAAAGUCAAACUUCAUGAAGAGAAAAUGAAGGAGCUCCAAGCUGUUCGAGAAGCACUUUUGAGACAGCAUGAGUCUGAACUACUUAGAGUAAUAAAAAUCAAAGAUAAUGAAAUCCAGAGACUACAGACCCUUCUCAAUGCUGUACGUGAUGGGGCUCCUGACAAGGUGAAAACGGUGCUGCUCACUGAGGCGAAGGAGGAGGCCAAGAAGGGGUUUGAAGUAGAGAAAAUAAAAAUGCAGCAAGAAAUUUCAGAGCUGAAGGGGGCUAAGAAACAAGUGGAAGAGGCUUUAACUAUGGUCAUCCAGGCUGACAAAAUUAAAGCAGCAGAGAUAAGGAGUGUCUACCACCUGCAUCAAGAGGAAAUCAGCAGAAUUAAGAGGGAGUGUGAGAGAGAAAUUCGUAGGCUGCGAGUCCUGUACCCCGCCGGCAAUGACCCCCUUCCCUGCGAGGCGCUCAGGAAGGGGUUCCUCCCCCCCACCCGCUCGAUGGCUUCCCCCAGGGCCGGGUGCUGGGGCUCCUCCUCCAAAAAAGCGACGGUGGCUGCCCGCCUCCGGGGGCUGCUGGG